AUGAUGACGAGGACGAUGUUUGGCAAGAGACAAAAUUCCAUCCUCAUUUCACUCCUUACUUCGAUCACCUCGUUGCUGCCCUUGCAAGGCGGUCCUCCAGGAAGUUCCGACAUUAUCUCGAUGGCGUCCUUCCCCCAGCCAACCGAUAUUGAGCACGUUUGGACUCUGUCAAGAGAUCGGACCCUCCGGCUUUGGACAGCACGAAGCGGAUGUGUCGCUGAGAAGUCGCUCGCUGCGAUCAUUCCAGGAAAGGCCAUCACGCCUGCUUUGACAUCCGCCUCAAGCUCCGGAAAACUCUCGAAUCUUCUGCCUGCAGAUGCGCGGAAGCGUCUCAGUGUAUUUCCAGAGUUUGAAAUGGAGGACCCUGUGCCUUAUGUUCUCGCGUUCAUCCCAGCUGAAUCAUCCUCAACUUCGGGAGGUUAUUUCCAUCUCUUCAGCUCGCAUUCCAGCGAUCUACAUCCUCUGAACUACUUUUGA